UUGGCUGAGACCAUGGUGUUUCUCUCAGACAAUGUCUCAGUCAGCUCCAACUGCACCCAUCCGCAGGCACCGGUGAAUAUUUCCAAGGCUAUUCUGCUUGGAGUGAUCUUGGGGGGGCUGAUCCUAUUUGGGGUGCUGGGCAACAUCCUAGUGAUUCUCUCUGUGGCCUGCCACCGUCAUCUGCACUCGGUCACUCACUACUACAUUGUGAACCUGGCCGUGGCCGACCUCAUGCUCACCUCCACCGUGCUGCCCUUCUCUGCCAUCUUUGAGAUUCUGGGCUACUGGGCCUUUGGCAGGGUCUUCUGCAAUAUCUGGGCGGCGGUAGAUGUUCUGUGUUGCACCGCGUCCAUCAUGGGACUUUGCAUCAUCUCCAUUGACCGCUAUAUUGGUGUGAGCUACCCACUGCGAUACCCCACCAUCGUCACCCAGCGGAGGGGACUCAUGGCGCUGAUGUGCGUCUGGGCUCUGUCCCUAGUCAUCUCUAUCGGGCCACUCUUCGGUUGGCGUCAGCCUGCCCCUGAUGAUGAGACCAUCUGCCAGAUCAACGAGGAGCCCGGCUAUGUGCUCUUCUCGGCUCUGGGCUCCUUCUACCUGCCGCUGACCAUCAUCCUGGUCAUGUACUGCCGCGUCUACGUGGUGGCCAAGAGAGAGAGCCGGGGCCUCAAGUCAGGCCUCAAGACCGACAAGUCCGAUUCCGAGCAGGUGACUCUCCGCAUCCACAAGAAAAGUGUCCCUGCGGUCGGAAGCGGGGGGUCCAGCUCCAAGAACAAGACACACUUCUCGGUGAGGCUCCUUAAGUUUUCUCGAGAGAAGAAAGCAGCCAAGACGCUGGGCAUCGUGGUGGGCUGCUUCGUCCUUUGCUGGCUGCCCUUUUUCUUAGUGAUGCCCAUUGGGUCUUUCUUCCCUGAGUUCAAACCCUCAGAAACAGUUUUUAAAAUCGCGUUUUGGCUUGGAUAUCUAAACAGCUGCAUCAACCCUAUUAUAUACCCAUGUUCCAGUCAAGAGUUUAAAAAGGCCUUUCAGAACGUCUUGAAAUUCCAGUGUCUCCGUAGAAGGCAGUCUUCCAAGCAAGCCCUGGGCUAUACCCUGCACCCACCCAGCCAUGUCGUGGAGGCACAGCAAAAGGACCUGGUGCGCAUCCCAGUGGGAUCUGGAGAGACAUUCUAUAAGAUCUCAAAAACGGAUGGAGUCUGUGAGUGGAAAUAUUUUUCUUCUGUGCACCGUGGGUCAGCCCGGAUUACUGUGCCCAAAGACCAGUCAACCUGCACCACAGCUCGGGUGAGAAGUAAAAGCUUUCUGCAGGUCUGCUGCUGCAUGGGCCCCUCAACCCCCAACCUCGGAGAGAACCAUCAAAUUCCAACCAUUAAGAUCCACACCAUCUCCCUCAGUGAAAAUGGGGAAGAAGUUUAGAGAACAGGGUCAGAAAAGGGGGCUGG